UUGCGCAGCUGUUCGAUGAUUAAAAAGAAAAUGGUGGUCAUAUUUUAUUUCCUACUCUUGCUCAGAGACAGACGUGUCGUAAAUGGUUACAAUUUGGAGACAAAAACUAUUCAAGUUGGUGAAAAUGUGACCCUGACAUGUCCUCGCCUGCCAACCAAUCAAUCCCAAAAUCUGUUUUGGGUCAAAUUUUCUUCCGGAACCUGGCCUGAAUAUCUUGGACAAACAAUAACUUUUGAUUAUGAAAGGGUUCUCCAAACUCGUCAUUUUACAUCAAAACAAGGAAAAGGAACAUUUGUUCUGCAUAUAAAAGAAGCUCAGCAGAAUGACACUGGGCUUUACUAUUGCAUCAGAGUUGAAUCAUUAAAGCUGAUAUUUGUGAAUGGAACGCUUCUGAAGAUUGAAGGCCCAGAACAAGAUCUCACUUCUGUAAUUCAGGAGCCUCUACUUUACCCAGUCUUUCCAGGAGACCGGGUGACUCUAAGGUGUUCGGUUUUCUCUGACUGUGAGAGCAGAAAAUGCCCAACUGAUCACAAGGUGUACUGGUUCAAAACUGGACCAGAUGAGUCUCAUCACAGUUUAAUUUACAUUGAUGGAAAAAGUGGAAAUGAAUGCCUGGAUCCUCAAAAGUGUGUCUACAGUUUCUCCAAGAACGUUACAGCCGCUGAUGCUGGGACUUACUACUGUGCUCUGGCCACGCAAGAAGAGUUAUUAUUUGGAAAUGGAACAUUUUUGGAUGUUCAAGAACAUUUCAGUUUUUGGAAGUCUAAAAUACUUCUACUGUUGUGCGUGGCUGUUGGUGGAUGUCUAGUUGUCAUUAUGUGCCUCACUUACACCUUGAUGAAGAAAGAUUCGCAUUUUUGCAAUGAUGCCGUGACGGGAUGUGCUACUCAGCAGAAAGAACAGAAAGAUGCACACUGUUUGGUUUAUUCUGCCCCAGUGUUCACCAAGACCAAUGUUGGAAAAGCAGAAAGACGAAAAAUAAAAGCAACACAUGAGGAGACAACCUACACACACGUCAGAAAUUUAGGGAUUCAAUAAUGCCUCAUUAAAUUAGCCAAGAAAUGCCAAUCAUUGUAUUUGUGAAUUUGUAUAUUGUAUAUAUUUUCACAGUUUAUUCAUUGCGCAUUAUGUUUUUAUGCAAUGUUGACUAUUCCAGUGGCUAUUAUGCUGUGGAUUCUUUAAUGUUAAAUUUUAAAAGUAAAGAUUAGAUUACAAAUUAGCAGCAAGCAGCAUGCGCAAAAAUCUGAACUUAUUUUGCAGUCUGCAAUAAAUCUUCAAAUGUAUGUUUUAAAUAUAUUUUAUAGUUAAAUAUUUUGCUUUUUAUGUUGUUUGCACUGAUUUUUCUUCUGUCAAUCUGGAGUUCUUAAUCCGUAAUUUUAAAUACACUUAUAAAAGAUAGUCUACAUAUAAUUCAGACUGAAAUUUUGCCAUUGUUGAAUGGUUAAGAUUUUGUGACCACUUUCAGUGACCCAAGAGACUGCAGUUAUUUUUUAAAAGAUCAACACAUUGCUAUUGAUAUUUUUGUUUGGUUUUGUAAAAAAGUCAUGUAUAGGUCAUGAUUUUUGUACACUGUCUUUAUGGAAAUGUGCAUAAAAUAAAACUUUUUGUCAAA